UUUAAUGUCUUUAGAAAAGAGCUUGAACAAUAAUAUUUCAAUUUACAGGCAUUUCUUCAGUCAGGUAAAGAACAGGAUAACUUCUCCACAGAAAAUGUAAACACAUAGGACAAACAUAUUUGCCUGGAGGGCAGAAUAUCACAUUACUUCACGGUCUCGUGUUUAUGUGAUCCAUUUUUUCUAGAUUUAUUCAUGUGGUUAUGUAUUUAAUGAUCCAUACAUCCAUUAGCUAUACCGCUCAUCCUUGAGGGUCUCAGGAGCUGGAGCCCAUAGUCUCCACAGCGGCCAGUCGAAGACACGGUUGCCAUGGUACUUGGCUGCAGUUUCCCGGAUGUAUUGUUUUCCCCAGUCCAACAUGGCGUCGGGGAAGUGAGACUUCGGCUAAUGUCACACAGUUUGCCCAAAGUUGGUCCGCCUCUGCUCUUUUCAACAGGGGAAAGUUUAUUUCCACGCCGCGGUGGCAGCAGAACAAGUUUUCCUGGGAGUUUCUGGGUCUGAUGCUAGGCUGCAGCUGCUUCAGCCACCAUCAUGUUCACCAAAAAGAAGAAGUCUCGUAUCCAGAUCUCAGCUCCAUCCAACUUUGAGCAUCGCGUACACACAGACUUUGACGAGCAGGAGCAGAAGUUUGUCGGGUUGCCGCGACAAUGGCAGUCGCUCAUCGAAGACACAGCCAAAAGGCCCAAACCCUUCAUCGAUGUCACUGUCAUCACUACUGUAGAGCCACGCAAGACAAUUGUACGUGGCAACAAGAUGGGAGCAGACGGCUCUCUGACCUGGUUGCUGGAUGAGUUUGACACCAUGUCUGUGACUCGCUCCAACUCCCUGCGACGAGGCAGCCCUCCCAUCCAACCUCGCAGGGACUCCAGCUCUUCAGGAGGAGGAGGGCAGGAGAAUGGAGAUCCUCACCACAGACACUAUUCGCACCAAGACAGAGACCGACCCAGACCAGAACACCAGAGCGGCGGUGACCCCCGCCACGGUCAGCGUGCUGUCCGUCCUCCCCAGAGGGAUGAGGGACACCAGGGUCGGCCCCAACAGCAACCCCGGGGCCAAGAGCCCAGCAGGGCCCACAGGGACAGACCAGGCUCUGGCCCUCCCCCUCCCCCUCACAGAGACAGAGAGCCAAGGGACCGGGACCAGGAGCAGGUGGUUCGCAGGGAUCAACCUGGUGAUCACAGGCCAAAGUCAAGCUACAUGACACGGGAUGGCAGCCCUCAAUCUCCCAGGGACAAGAGGCCUCUCUCUGGGCCCAACAUCCACACCCCAAACCUGCCAGUAACAGAGGGGGUGAUGAAGACUGCCCAACAGACCACACGGCCAUUUAACACCUACCCAAGGACAGACAGCGAGGGCGGGCGUAGCCCCACAGGACAGCCGAUUCGACACCAUGAAUCUUCCCCUCAAAAUGGCCCCUCUUGUGGUUCCACCCGAGGUUCCUCCAGUUCCAAGCCCCCUGUAAGCCACCCACACCCUCAUCACACAUCCCACCCCAGCCUGACCCCUGAGACCAACCAGCAUCCACACACUCCUCACCCCAACGUUCCAGCUCCACGGCCCCCUGUGCCCUCUGGGCCACCAGGGUCAGGUGCUCCAUCCCAGGGCCGCUCACCACAGAGGGAGCCCCAGAGGGUUUCCCAUGAGCAGUUCAGAGCGGCACUACAGAUGGUGGUGGAUCCUGGGGAUCCACGGACCUACCUGGACCACUACAUUAAGAUAGGUGAGGGGUCCACUGGGAUUGUGUGUAUAGCCACAGUGAAGACCACAGGGAAACUGGUCGCUGUGAAGAAGAUGGACCUGAGGAAACAACAGCGCAGAGAACUCCUCUUCAACGAGGUGGUGAUCAUGCGGGACUAUCACCAUGAGAACGUGGUGGAGAUGUACAACAGUUACCUGGUGGGAGACGAGCUCUGGGUCGUCAUGGAGUUCCUGGAGGGAGGAGCUCUCACUGACAUCGUAACACACACCAGGAUGAACGAGGAGCAGAUUGCCACAGUGUGUUUGUCUGUCCUGAAGGCAUUGUCUGUCCUCCACACACAGGGUGUGAUCCACAGAGACAUAAAGAGUGACUCCAUCCUCCUCACUCAUGAUGGUCGGGUGAAGCUGUCAGACUUUGGUUUCUGUGCCCAGGUGUCCAAGGAAGUGCAGAGAAGAAAGUCUCUGGUUGGAACACCGUACUGGAUGGCACCAGAGCUCAUAUCCAGGUUGCCUUAUGGACCAGAGGUGGAUAUCUGGUCUCUGGGCAUCAUGGUCAUAGAGAUGGUGGAUGGAGAGCCACCAUACUUCAAUGAGCCACCACUAAAAGCCAUGAAGAUGAUUCGAGACAACCUGCCUCCCAAACUGAAGAAUCUGCACAAGGUCUCCCCUGUGCUCAAGGGCUUCCUGGACAGGAUGUUAGUGCGAGACCCGGCUCAGAGGGCCACAGCCAGUGAGCUUCUCAAACACCCCUUCCUGACGAAGGCAGGUCCGCCAUCUUGCAUCGUCCCUCUGAUGAGGCAGAACAGGAUGAGAUGAGACGUGACAAGAGGACCUCCAGUCUGUGGUGGGCAGCGUGUGCAGGUUCAGAUGGAACAGAAUACUCCUGCACACAGAGUAGUGGCCCGCAGAGGUCAGAGGUCGUGGAUGAGAGGUCUGUGCUUCAGGCAAAACUCUCAGAAAAGUGCUGUGAGCUGCGAAGUGUGAACCAGGUGUGCAGGAGUAUUCUAUUUUUCUUAUGUGAAUCACUGAACUGUGGGGAGUAUAUUCCCUGAAUAAGAGGCAAUAAGGCGGUGUGUGUGUGUGUUUGUGUGCGUGUGUGUGCGUGCGCGUGUGUGUGUGUAAACGUGUUGCCAGCGCUGUUAAUGACAGUUUCAUGGCCCGUGUGUGUGUGUGUGUGUGUGUGUGUGUGUGUGUGUGUGUGUGUGUGUGUGUGUGUGUGUGUGUGUGUGUGUGAGUGUGAGUGAACUCUCUCUUGGAGUCGUGAAGGUGGAGUACAGAGAGAAGAGAAGCCACAACUUGCCUGUUGAAUGAUUUCAGCUGCUUUCAUUUAAACACUUUGUUUUAAUUGAAAGGCAUGAGCUGAGAAGAUCAAGGACUGUGGCUGUUUUUACUUUUCCAUUUGGACCUUACCUGGAUUUUAAGUGUGAAGGUUGGGUUUUGCACACCAAUGAGAUGCUUUUAAGGAGCCGAGAUGCCUGUUGGCUAAUUUUAGAGAUGGUCUGAGCGACAUUUUAAUCUCACUAUUGGACAGUCUGGAAGCUGAAUUUUCUUCACUACAAGGACUUCUCUCACUGACGGAUCCCAGGCUCAGACACUGUCCUCGUCACACCCAGAACUUACUACUGAGGGAGGAACUCUUUUGGCUCGAAAAUGAGCUAGACUGACUUUAUUUUGUAGCCAUAAAAACACUAGCUUUCUCUUGUAAACAAGAACACAUACACUAAGUCAAAACGUAAACACUGGAGUUGUGGUUUUUUAACAGAUGAAUUUUUCUCUUAUUUUCUCCUUAUUUUCCUGUGUAAGUACAAUGAACAUAGAGAGAUAUAUCAGUUUUGAUGUUUUACUAUCUCAAUUUUGUGGUUUGUGUUUUAUUAUUAUUAUGAUUUGUUGUCUGGUUUAUUUUAGAGUGAGAUGUGAUAAUUUCUGAAGCACUGUCGACAAGAGAUAGAAGCUGCACUCCCAGUUGAUUCCAGCGCGCAGAUAAUAGACACAAUAGACAUGUUAUUUUGGUUUUUUUUAGAUCAGACCAGAUAGGACUUUUGACCAUUAACCUCAGUGGUCAGAGGUCAGUCAGAUGAGCAGAAAAUGUUUUUACAGAAACACAAAAACUACAGAGAAAACGAGGAUGAGAGUACACCACAUUAAAACUAAAUGGGUCUAAAAUCCUGAUAAAACAGAUAAAAAUCAUUCCCCUGUUUUAGCAUAUUUUUAAAAUGUUUUAAACAUCUGGCUCUUACCAUGAGGUUUUCAGGAGAAUAGGCUUCACCACACCCUUUUUUACAUUUUUUUUAUUUCACAAACUAAAGGUUGAGGUAGGAAAUAAACAUGAGCUGCUUUCAGGGCAGUUGGCGAGUUGUUUUCAAACUGUGGUGCAUGUCAGCUUCCUUGUAAUGUAAUCACUCUCCUUCCACAAACACACAGCAGUUGCUGUAAAUGGUCAGCUGCUGACGUGAAGGAGCCCUCAUCGUGUUGUUCUACUAGGCCGCUCAUCCAGUUGAAUCGAUUAAUGUUUGAUUGCCUAGUUAAUGCAUCUGCUAGACUGCUCCUGAAUCCACCUCCAAGUGUCAGUGCGUGGAAGGAGCAAACUGUAGGUCUUUGUCAUCCGGCGAGUACCUUAUUUCUAAAACUCUUACACUAAUCAUUGUGACACACAGAAAGUAGUAAUAGUGUUAGAGAUCAGGAAAAAAAAUGUUGCUCAUGCUCCUUAUGUGUGUGUGUGAAGAUAUGGAAUGUGUUAUUAUUUAAUGUUUGCAUUUAAUUGACAUGCAUUUGGCAGUUGACAAGGUAAUAGAAGAAGAUGAUAAUAGAAUUACUUAGAAAGGAGGAAACAUGUUCAUGAAAAUUCACUCUGAACACUAGUUGAAUAACAGCUGCUAAUAAUGAAAACACUCACACGAAUGAGCUUAAAAUAAUCAUCAGACCUGGGUAAAAUUUUGAAUGGCACUGAGACAAACCUCAAAAUUAAACAUCACUUUAAGUUUAAAGUUGAGUAAAUUUCCCUACAAAACAGACUCCUCAGAUUAUUUCUCAGUUAAUUUUAUGACCAUUGACCAACCAGGAGCAAAAACCUUCCCACCAUCUUAUGUGAAAAUAUGUUGUUUGCUGGAGAUUCUGCCGGUUCACAGAUAGGAGCUCUGUAAAGGGGCUGAAAACAGCUUUUAUAGUGGACUGAAUAACACUGCUGUGACUCAUUUGGAGUACAAGGCAUGUGGGGGGUUUUCACAUCAGGACAUUCAGAUCAGUCACUGUAAAUUAUGCAAGCUUCAGUUUCAUAUACUCAUCUUAUUGCCCCCUCUACCAAACAUCACCCAAAGCCCCCUCAGCACACUGAAUGAAACCACAGAGAAUUAAUUACAGUUGAGUGAGGCCCAGGUCUGGUUAUUAUACGCCCACUUCUGUCUUUAUCAGCGGACAUCUGUAGUUUCACACUGUACCUCGUAGCAAUGAACAGUCACUUAUACAGAAGAUCAAAUUAAAGAUAAGACUGUGGCCCAUUCAUCUCUCUCAAGGUAAUAAGAUGCACAUAAACACGGCCUGCAGAUACAUUCCCCUCUCUAGGCCAAGGCUGCUGUUUCCAUUCCUUCUAUGUCUUCCAGCUGCUGCAGAGAAGAGCCUCCUCUCAUCAGAGCAGAUCGCAGUCAUGUAGCAUUUUGAAGACAGUCAGGUGCUUCUUAAAAUUAACGCAUGGAAACAUUUUCUCAAACUUCUAGAUGCUGUCUCCUGUCAGAAAUACUCGCUUUUUAAAACUACAGUUUAAAAUUGCAACUAAACAAAUGGACAUUUUUUGGAUUGCGUAGCACAGUCACUGCACAGAACACUGUCAAAUACUUUUCUACAUACAUAUGCAGUAUACACUGCUAUACAUCCUAUACUGCAGCUGUAGGCGCCCUGUACUCCAGCGCUCCUGUUGAUAGAGUGAAUGAUCACUUGUGCAAACCAGUGACUGUGAGGCCUUGUACAAAUAGUGGCAGCACAGAGUAGGAUGAAGUAGGUUUUUAUUCCAAGCUAAUAAGAGUUUUUUUUUUUUCUAACAUGGUUGACAAUUUGUGUAAAGCACAGCUAGCUAUAGUUUGUGAUCGGAGAACUAAAGUCAUCACCAGUUUAUUAAUAUUGCUAAGAUCACUGACUCCUGCAGCAGCACUCUGCAGGGGCGUGUGGCUGUGGUUACUGUGAUGAUGCUGACUCCAUGAGGUUGCACCUUAACCCAAAUACUUCCUUUCAGACAUUGUUGUCUGUAACUACAAGCUCUAGUCAUAUUUUCACUUAGUUGAACUCUGUUGUCUCUUCUCUUAGUAGAUUUAUAAAAGAAAAUGAACAGUGAGAAGAGAGACAGUUUAGUUUCCACUUGCUAAAACACGCAUCAUGACUUUUCUUGGCCAGACUGAAGCUGCUUCAGAAACCGUUUGGUUUGAGCCACUGCCGGUCAACUUUGUACCUGAUAGUUUUUUGAUUCGAAAGCAUUGACAAGAAAUUUCUAGCUGCUGUUUUGUUUACUUUGGCCACUUACCAGACAGUGAAUUUUCAGCUUUGUAAGUUUCUGGAUCUUUUUGUUGUGAUGUUUCAUGUUUGUAGCCUUUUGCUUCUAAUCAGAAACAGGAUGUCUGAGCUGAAUGAGAUGAUAGACUGAAUGACAAUCAGAUAUAGUCGAGGUAAUUCAGUUCAGGCUCUGAUAUUUAAGAUAAGACACUGAAUUUGUUUGUUUCCUGGUUUAAGAGUGAUUCCUCAAAAUCAGGAUGUCACAUUUGAAUACGGAUCCCAAUAGAAUCUUUUAAAUUGAAGACCAGUUUAUUCAUCACUCAGAAUGUUUUAAAUAAUUGUAAACAUUUGAAAAUAGACUUUAUGAUGAAGCUGAGAACGUCUGCUAAAUGCUAGUAAUUUGCAUCUGGUGUGUCCUGCUGUACUUUUUAACAGGCCCUAGGCGGCUGGUGAAAUGGGUGUUUUAUAUGUGACUGAUUAUUAAGGCCACUGUUAGGCAAAAUAUCAUAAUUUGAGAUUUUGAGAGUGAAGUCAUAAUAUUACAAGAAAAAGUUGUGCUGUUUUGGGGGAAAAGUUAUAAUUUAUUGAGAGAAAGUUGUAAUAUUUUGAGAAAAAUUAUAUAACAAAAAUGCAAAAAGCAAAAUGUUGGUGUUCUGCUUCGAUAAGGUGAAUUGGAAUACGUUUUAGAAUUUCCUGAAAGUCCAUACUGCAGCCUACAGUUAAUAUUUUUACUUGUGUUCCACUUGUGUUUGAACUGCACCUAACUGGGUUCAUUUUCAUUUCAUUGAAAAUAAGGUGCUUAUAUUUUCUUUCUCAAAAUGUUACAAAUUCAUUCUGAAAAUUAAAUCUCUGAUCAUUUAUAUAUAUUCCUAACUGUGGCCCUAAUGCUCAUUGUAUAUAAGUUCCUGUUUAUUUGUUUUUUAAUCCCUUGUCCUAACUGCCUUUCAUCCAGGUGUAAACAAACACACUUUCUAUGGUAUUACAGACUGUGUUGUUCCUGUUAUGCCUCAUCCUACAUUUGAUCAGUUGUCCUUCGAUUAUCAAUGUGAAAAUCCCAAAUAUGUUCGCUCUACUUGUGGACUGAUGUUGCUUAUUAGACUGUAACAACAUUUUUAUGGACCAGAGUUAUACUGCUUCUGUGAGGGUACAUGUGUGUGGACAUGUAUACAUAUUCAUGAGUUCAUGCCUUAACACUAACGAUCACUACUUGACGGAUUACGAUUCUGCCUCGACACUAAGACUGUUAGUGAUGGUGGAAGCAAACCUCCAUGAUGCUUUGUUCUUCUCAUCUCACAUAUCUGAAAAGUUUUCAAGUGAUUUUUAUGUCAUUUGUUUGCCAAGUGGUGUCUGCAUCUUUUGGCUGAUGUGUUAACUUUAACAGCUCUCAUUGACAUUCCUCACAGAGAACACUUCAGAUUGAGGAUCUUUAAUGUGGUUACUGAGUGCCUCAAAGCCGGCGCUCUUCUCACCUUGGUGUUGUUUCCUGAUGGAGAAAAGAUGUAGUCCACAGGGAUUUUUCAAGAAGCAGGACUGCUGGCUCCUUGCUUCACACAACUGACUUACAAACGUGUCUGUUGAUUUCUUUACUAGUAGGCAAUGAGCAGCUCCAUUGCUGCUGUUCAGGGUUCAUUGUUUUGCUUCAGCAGCACGUUGACAGACAUUUCUCCUUUUAGGUGAGUAGUAUUGAUUCUUGGAAAACCCCCUGCAGGACUUCACCUCUGGUUUCCACAGUGAACGUGUCGUUACUGAGGCUCAUUUCUGGUGUCACCAGAAUCCAUGACCACUACUGACCAACAGUCUACUCUACAAGAUAUGUGACAAAAAAGAGCAAAACAAAUGAAUUCUUCCUCUGUUCGACUGUAAUGAUUCUCGUUGACUCGCCUCUUGUUUAAAAGCUGAUUUCGUUGAUCUGUUGCAGUAUUGGCAUUUUGUCAUGCAUCAGAUUCCAACAACUGUACCUGCACCAUCUUGUUUUUGUAAAUUUCACUGGUAUUGUAAAAACAUAGACUACACUUUGAAAAUUUUACUUUUUUUGCAAAUACAAUUUUUGUAAAAGUCA